GCUACGCAGCCUUCUUAUAUAAUAACUUCUCUCUCGUAGCCUUUCUUCUACGCUUCUUCUCUUAUUCCUUUUCCUUUCUUUUUAUCUCGAGAAAAACUCUGCUUCGAGCAGAGAGAGACAACUAGACAAAACAGAGCAAGAAGAACACAGUCAUAACAAUGGCUGUCACAAAACUUAUCCUCUUUGCUUCUGCAUUACUUGUAACAACGCUGUUUGUCGGCGUUAAUUCAUCCAGGUCGAAUGAAACAUGGCAUGAACAUGCAGUUGAGAAACCAGAGGAAGUAGCUGCCAUGGUGGACAUGAGCAUUCGCAACAGCACGGAGCGGAGACGCUUAGGCUACUUCUCCUGCGCCACCGGCAACCCAAUCGACGACUGCUGGCGCUGCGACCGCAAAUGGCAGCUCCGCCGCAAACGCCUCGCCGACUGCUCGAUCGGAUUCGGCCGCAACGCGAUCGGCGGCCGCGACGGCCGCUACUACGUCGUAACCGACCCCGGCGACGACGAUCCCGUCACCCCCAGACCGGGAACGCUCCGCCACGCCGUGAUCCAGAACGAGCCGCUCUGGAUCGUCUUCAAGCGCGACAUGGUGAUCACCUUGAAGCAGGAGCUGAUCAUGAACAGCUUCAAGACCAUCGACGGCCGCGGCGUCAACGUCCACAUCGCAAACGGCGCGUGCCUCACGAUCCAGUACGUUACCAACAUUAUUGUGCAUGGGAUUCAUAUCCAUGACUGUAAGCCCACGGGGAACGCGAUGGUGAGAAGCUCUCCGUCGCAUUACGGGUGGAGAUCGAUAGCUGACGGUGACGCGAUCUCGAUCUUUGGGUCGAGUCAUAUCUGGAUUGAUCAUAACUCGCUCUCGAAUUGCGCUGAUGGGCUUGUGGAUGCUGUUAUGAGCUCCACUGCGAUUACAGUCUCUAACAACUUCUUCACUCACCACAAUGAGGUUAUGUUGCUGGGGCAUAGUGAUUCAUACACAAGGGACAAAGUGAUGCAAGUUACAAUUGCUUACAACCAUUUUGGUGAGGGUCUUAUCCAGAGAAUGCCAAGGUGUAGGCAUGGAUACUUCCAUGUAGUGAACAACGACUACACACAUUGGGAGAUGUAUGCCAUUGGUGGUAGUGCUGGUCCGACUAUUAACAGUCAGGGGAAUCGAUUUCUUGCCCCAACAAACCCAUUUGCUAAGGAGGUGACUAAGAGGGAGUACACAGGACAAUCAAAAUGGAAGCACUGGAAUUGGAGAUCAGAAGGAGAUCUUUUCUUAAACGGAGCAUUUUUCACACGGUCUGGAGCUGGAGCUGGAGCCGGCUACGCCAGAGCUUCGAGUUUGUCGGCCAAAUCAUCCUCACUCGUAGGCACCAUGACCUCUUACUCUGGUGCUCUUAACUGCAGAGCCGGUCGCAGGUGUUAAUAGAUCAAAUAAUCAGAAAAGCCAUUUUAUUGGUCUUGAAGAAACAAGUGAUCGAUAAGUUUUUACCGAAUGUCAGCCUCUCGUUUUCUUCUUUAUUUUAACUUUUGGGGUUCAUGCGAUAUAACACUUCCCUAUUGGAUGCGGAGGCCUAGUUUAAACGCCCUCAAGUGUAAUAUAAAGCUGUAUGAAUAUUCUUCUUGUCACCUACGUUGAUAUAAAGUUGUUUCCUUAGUCGUU